ACAGCGAACGUCUCAUAAAAGGCAUAAAUGCGUUGCGUUUUUAAGCCGUCAAGUGGCGUUGUAAUAGUAAAUAGUGUAUGGAUAACAUUACCAAGAUGAUCGCGCACUUAAAAUAACGUGUAAUUGUAGUAAUAAUACGUCUAUGGCCUCACUUCUUCGCCAAACAUCUCUGUGCCGGGUUCCAGUAUACCGAAGCCGGUUAACGAUGGAGGGUGACACUCGGCCGCACAAGCGCUACAUCUGCUCAUUUCCGGCGUGCGCGGCGGCCUACAACAAGCAGUGGAAGCUGGACGCCCAUCUGUGCUCGCACACGGGCGUCAGGCCGCACGCGUGUCCGCAAGACGGCUGCGAGAAGUCCUUCUCCAGCCCCUACCACCUGAGCCGCCACCAGCUCACCCACAGCGGCCUGCGCCCCUUUCCGUGCGCGGUGGCAGGCUGCGCGGAAGCCUUCACCACCAACUCCAACCGCGCGCGGCACUGCGACCGCGUCCACUCAGGCGCGGCGGAGACGAUGCCCUACGUGUGCACGGCGGCCGAGUGCGGCGCCGCGUUCAAGAAGCACCGGCAGCUCAAGGCCCACAUGAGCGAGCGCCACACACACGCUCCCGCGUACGCUUGCGCGCACGACGGCUGCGACAUGCGCUUCAGCUUUCCGAGCCGCCUCAAGCGACACCUCAAGGUGCACCAAGGCUACCCCUGCAACCACGCAGGCUGCACCUUCACAGGGUCCACGUGGACCGAGUACGUGAGGCACCGCAAGGAGCAGCACCGACCCAAAGUGUCAUGUCAGGAGUGUGGCAAGGCUUUCAAGGAUGCUUGGUUCCUGGAGCAGCACCGGCGCGUGCAUGCCGACACACGACUGGUGUACCGGUGCCCGCGCGACGCGUGUGACCGCUCCUUCACCACCACCUUCAACCUGCAGAGCCACCUGCGGGCCUUCCACGACGAGCUGCGACCCUUCGCCUGCGACCACCCGGAUUGCGACCGGACCUUCGCCAUGAAGCAGAGUCUACAGCGGCACCGCGUUGUGCAUGACCCGCAGCGGAAGAAGAUGACACGGCCCAAGAAGUCGCUGGCGUCCCGGUUGAGCGGAUUCAGCGACAAGAUGGCAAAAGGGCGGCUGAGCGAGUCCCGGAAGUCCCCCGGGCCGGUGGAGCUGGUCCACCUCCUGCAGGACACGGCUCUGCUAGGUGGACCCCCUCAGGAGCUGUCCCCACUCAUGCUGUAGAAGAACUGUUGCUAAAAAAAAUAAAAUUCUCUGAACAGGCACAUUUUCAUACACUGAGUGCGGCUGUUUUGUACAGCACGCAUUAUGUUCAAUCAUAUUGGAGUUAAACUGAGCAAAAUGGGUUGGGUUUUGUCUCAAAUAUACUUUCAGAAAUAAAUUAAUGUGGACAAACUGUUAA